AUGCACACCGCCGCCGCCGCUCAAUUCGGCGAGGAUCAGGAGUUCGGUGAGGUCAAGCGUGACCUCAAGUCGCGCCACUUGCAGAUGAUUGCCAUUGGAGGCACUAUCGGUACUGGCAUCUUUUUGUCCUCAGGAGGAUCUGUCGCCGCUGCCGGACCUUUGGGCGCCUUGAUCUCGUAUACCAUCGUUGGUAUCAUGGUCUUCUUCAUUGUCACGUCCCUCGGAGAAAUGUCGGCAUAUUUGCCCUUGCCCGGUGCUUUCACAAGCUUUGGUACACGAUUCGUCGACCCCGCCCUGGGAUUCGGCCUCGGGGCCGGCUAUGCUUUCCAGUGGAUCAUCACUGUCACGAUCGAGGUCACCUCUGCAGGAUUGAUUCUACAGUAUUGGUGGCCUGAUCUCAGGAUGUGGAUCCCUGCCCUUGUGUUCAUUGUUAUCCUGGUCGGAAUCACCCUGCUCGGUGUCAAGGCAUUUGGUGAACUGGAGUACUGGCUCAGCAUGAUCAAGGUCCUGACUUGUGUCAUCUUUAUCAUCGUCGGAAUCUUGGUCGAUGCUGGUGCAGUUGGAGGCGACACCAUUGGCGGCCGUAACUGGCACAUCGAGGGAGCACCCAUUGUUGGAGAGACCGCUCGGGAAAGGACCGUCAAUGUCUUCACAACCUGUGUUUGGGCGUUCUUCAGCUUUGGGGGCACUGAGCUCGUCGGAAUCACUGCAGGAGAGUCCGCCAACCCCGGCAAAGCUGUGCCCAAGGCCAUCCGUCACACAUUCUGGCGUAUCCUCCUCUUCUACAUCCUCUCUAUUGCGGUCAUUGGAUUGGUCAUCCCAUAUACAGACCCCAAUCUACUGGACUCUGCAGGAGCGAGUGUCAAUGAGGCUGCACCCAUGGCUCCGUUCACGAUUGUUUUCAAAAUGGCGAAGCUACCUGGUGCGGAUCAUGCUAUCAACGCAGUUCUCUUGACAGCAGUGUUGUCGGCCGGUCAGAGCUCCUUCUACGCAUCCACUCGAACGCUAAUGGCCAUGGGUCGUGAGGGCAAGAUGCCUGCUAUUUUUGGACGCGUCAACAGCCGCGGUGUCCCCUUGUAUUCGCUCCUCUUUGUGACCCUGAUUGCCAGCGUCGCGUUUGUGGCGGAUAUAGUUGGUACAGGAGUGGUGUUUACCUGGCUGGUCAACCUGACGGGGAUGUCUGCGCUGCUGACGUGGAUGUCGAUCUCAAUCAUCCAUCUCCGCUUCCGCGCUGCGUUCAAGGCCCAGGGUCGCUCCUUAUCCGAGUUGCCUUACGUUGCUCCCUUGUUCCCGUACAGCUGCUAUAUCUCGAUCCUGUUGGCGCUGAUGAUCGUGUUUCUGGAGGGAUACCAGGCUGUCACUGCGGAUCCCUUUAAUGCGGAGGGAGUUGUUGCAGUCUUUGUGGGUGCCCCUGUGUUCUUCCUGUCGAUCAUUAUCUGGAAGGUCUACUACAAGACCAAGCUGGUGCCGUUACUCGAGGUCGAUCUGGACUCUGGCCGUCCCACAAUCCUUCGCGGCACAUCCAAGGCUGUGGAGACCAAGGAGGAAGAGGACGAGGACGGGGACGCGCACCUUCCGUUCUGGAAAAAGGCCGCUCGCAAGGUCGUCCACUUUAUUGCCUAG